ACAUGAUUGCGUAAGACUUUAUUCAGUGGCGCUGGCGGUGGCGAAUAUGGAGUUAGCUAGUUAGAUUACACUAACAGCAUCCUGCAAAGUAAACAUACGCGUAUUGUUUAUUUCUAGUUUCAAAGUAACAGUAACAUAGUUGGUCCUCAGACAUCCCAGUACAGUAAGAUACCACGUUUGCACUAACGUUAGAUAGUAUAGCAUGCAAGCUAGCUAGCUAGCUAACUGAAAUGUGUUUUGUAUUUUUAUUUUGCAUCGGACAGGGGUGUAUUCAUUAUGAUAACUAACCCAUUUCAUUUGUGCUAAUUGCGCAUAUGCGAAAGUGUUUGGUCAACGAGAUUACCUGUGGUGUAUUCAUUAGUUGCAACGGAAACAGUUUACUCCAAACGAAAAACAUUUACAACGAAAACGAGAGUUUAUUGGACAGCUGCAGCUAGGUCCCAUCGCCGUUUCGUUCCGUUUGCUCUGUUUGUUAUCGUUUUGGUUCCUAUAGUAAACGUUAAACGUUUUCAACAUACGAAACGUUUUGUUACGGAAACACGAAUAAUGAAUACACCACAGCCCACAAAAAUGCCUGCAUUUCGUCAAGUGGGGGAGAAGCAGCUCCCCAACCCUGUUCUGUGUAUGGCAUGGUCUCCAAAGAGGGAUCUUAUUGCCCUCGCUAACACUGCUGGCGAGCUGCUACUGCAUCGCCUUGCCAAUUUCCAGCGUGUUUGGAGCUUGCCGCCCAAUGAGAAUACGGGAAAGGAGAUCACUGCGCUUGCUUGGAGACCUGAUGGCAAAAUCCUGGCCUUUAGCCUUGGGGACACUAAACUGGUGGUGCUGUGUGAUGCAGAGAAGGCAGAGAUCCUUCACUUGUUUCCAUUGGAGAACCCUGUGUCCUGCAUGCACUGGAUGGAGGUGCUAGAGGAGAGCAGCGUCCUCAACUCAUUCUACACCUCUGAAGAUGAGUCAAACCUUUUUCUUCCCAAGUUGCCAACUCUUCCCAAGAGCUACAGUACUACUUCAAAGAUAUUCAGUGAGGAGAAGUCAGACGAGAUCCUGAACCUGUUAGGAGAAGUGAGACUAAACAUCCUGGUUCUUGGUGGAGGUUCCGGCUUUGUGGAGCUGUAUGCCUAUGGGAUGUAUAAGAUUGCCACUUUACCGGGGGUUCCUGGGACGUGUAGCAGCCUGUGUCUGUCCAGUGACCUGAAGUCCCUGUCUAUCAUCACAGAGAUCAGGUCAGCUGACAAUGACCCAGAGAUCUGCUACAUCCAGCUCGACACAGGGCUGCUGUCCGACUGUCUCCCUGAGGUCACCAGGAUGGCACGCAAGUUCACCCACAUCUCCACUCUACUGCAGUACCUGCGUCUCUCUCUCACCUGUAUGUGUGAGGCUUGGGAGGAUAUCCUCAUGCAGAUGGACCUUCGGCUCACUAAGUUCGUUCAGGAGAAGAACACCAGCACACAAGUCCAGGAUGAGUUUCUGGAGCUUCUACUAUGGGGACAGUCGAGCCCUGAACUACAGGCUCUCCUAAUGAAUCAGCUGACCGUCAAGGGGCUGAAGAAGCUGGGCCAGUCUAUAGAAACCUCUUACUCCAGCAUUCAGAAGCUGGUGAUCAGCCACCUGCAGAGUGGUUCAGAGGCUCUGUUGUACCACCUCAGUGAGGUGAAAGGGAUGUCUCUAUGGAAACAGAAGUUCCAGCCUCUAGGCCUGGACUCAGCAGCUAUAGAAGAUGCCAUUACAGCUGUGGGUUCAUUCACUUUGAAAGCCAACGAACUUCUACAAGUGAUUGACAAGAGCAUGAAGAACUUCAAAGCCUUUUUCCGGUGGCUGUAUGUAGCUAUGCUAAGAAUGUCAGAGGAACACGUCCCUCCAGAACUCAAUAAGAUGACCCAGAAGGACAUUGCCUUUGUGGCGGACUUCCUGUCUGAGCACUUCAGUGAGAACGAAGAGCUGUUUGACCGGAAAGGGAAGUACUUUAAUGUGGAGCGGGUCGGUCAGUACCUGAAGGAUGAGGAUGAGGAUCUAGUGUCUCCGCCCAACACCAAGGGGAACCAAUGGCUGAAGUUUCUGCAGGAGAGCACACACUUGAAAGAGAGCCCGCUGCUCUUCCCUUCCUACUCUCAGAAGUCCCUACACUUUGUGAAGAGGAUGAUGGAGGGGGUGAUUGAGUUGUGUCUACAGAAACCUGCUGAGGUCAUUGGAAAGUCUGUGAAACAGGCUGUUUGUCUGCCCCUCUACACUGUGCCAGAGAGCUCAGAAAACACUCCAAGGCUUUUUGAACUUCCAUCAUUGUACAAUGAUAAGAAGACCAAUAUGCACUAUGGAGUGUUCUGCAUGCCAGAGAUUUCACCCUGCAAGCUUUAUCUACUGCGGAAGUUUACUGACCCAUUCAGGCCUGUUCCCAAUGGUCUCAUGGCGAUAGAUCUGAGUAAUGUUCUCAGUCACAGUAUUGAUGAUGAUGCUGCGGGGGCCAGUUCUGACUGUGUGUACAGUUGCCAGGAUGCUCGUUUCUAUGAUGACGAGACAUUGACAGUGGUGCUGCGAGCAUCAGAAGAGGAGAACAGGGGGCGUGUCCUUGCCCAGCUCCCUCUUGGCUCUGCCCUCAGCUGUGAGGAGGAGUUCAACUGGGACCCCAGUCUUAGGUUAGACCAGCAGAGCGGCGCCAUCCCUGUCAAGGGGCUGGUGCUAGAGAACCAGUGGAGAGACUUGGAGAACAUGAAGGCCCAGUUUGUGGCUGUGAAUGGGAUCCGGAAAGUGGCAUGUGUGCUGAGCUCCAACCUGCGGCACGUCCGUGUGUAUGAGAUGGACGUGGAAGAUGAAGAGGAUGAAGAGCGGCCUGAGUCGCAGAACGCCAGCUCAGACCAGGAUGGCCUGGAGGAGACGCCGGCCAUCCGGGGGGAGGCCGAGGGAGGAGAGACUGAGGGAGGGGGACAAAGGGCUAAGGAGCAACUAGAGUCUGGGGAAGCACUGGAGCUCUCAUAGCAACACCUUGGCCACGUUCAGUUGACAAAUGUUCUUGAACGUUGCAGAUAGAAAUUCCAUUAAUAGAGCUGAUAUGAUUCCUUAUUCUACAUGUGUAGCCUAUGAUUCCUUAUUCUACAUAUGUAGCCUAUGUUUCUUCUACAUAGGCUAUUUCUAUCUGAACGUUCUAAAAAGUUGCGUCCUGCUGAACGCGCACCUUAUCUAGGCCAGAAUAACAAUUGAACACCCCCACCCUGUACUUUUGCAGUAAUCAUAAUGCCACCAUUGCAAAACCGACGUCCCCCUCCCAGCACUUUUAUCCCUGACAAAGUAAGAAAUAAAUGUUUUGAUAAGAAAACAGA